AUGCCUUCAUCAACGUCAGAAGACGGCCCAAAGCUACGGGGCAGCUGUCAUGCCUGUGCCAUGUCGAAAGUGCGCUGCUCGAAAGAGAAACCGACGUGUGCUCGAUGCCUUCGACGGUGCACGACCUGUGAAUAUUUUGUUACGAAGAGGCCUGGCCGGAAACAACAGGAGAAACCACCUGCACCUGUGGUAACGAGUAGUAUUCCACCUACGCUGCCAGAGCUGGACCGGCCGAUGACGGUGACGCUGCCAGAACAGGGCCUACUGUCUGUGCAGGACGAUACCACCUCGCCUAGCUGCUCCCAUACAUUCUCGAGUCUCUUUGACCAGGCCGAAGCUUCCUUGUCGUCGUCGCUUACUACCUGGAGCACCGACUUUGACGAUUACCUCACACCUUUCUCCCUGGGUGGAUCGGCCGCUCUUGAUGCCUUUGACAUUGGGUCAACCAGUCAUCCUGGGGGCAUCAAUCCCAGCAUUAGCAUUAGCAGCAAUAGUAGUACAACCGGAUCCAGCAGCGCCAUACCUCCAGAAGAAACCAUCUCUCUCUUCGGCCGACCUGCCUCUAUGUCCCAUUCACAAGUGCUGUUUCCGACAGAUACAGCAGAUGAGGGCAAGAAACAGCCGCGUCCUCAUGGAUCGCCUUGUUCCUGCCUUCCAUGCGCUCUGGAUCUAUUGAAGCGGCUGGCCGCGACAGACUCAGCUCCAGUGGCUUUGACAGAUAAAAUCAACCAUCGAGGGCAGGCUCAGUCCCUCGACACGACCAUCACAACCAACCAACAGAUCAUGGACACCAUUGAGGUCAUUUUACAGUGUUCCUGCUCGCAGGACAGCUAUCUGCUCGCCAUUGUGUCUCUGGUAAUAUUCAAGUCUUUGGACCGAUAUGCGGCAGCAGCAUCGCCGGCCCGGGAGCCAUUCUCUUCCAGGGGAUCCACACUCCGAUCUCUCGGAGUGGAGAGUGAGCCUAUUGACGAUGCAGAACUGGAUUCCUGCAUGGUAGCGGCACAUCGCGUCCUCGGUGAGCUACACCGCGUGCAGCGGUGUAUGGCCCGACUGUCCCCCAGGUUGCAGGCGUGUGGGAGCACGGCUUCGGCCGUUUCAGAUGUUGUAAUGGGACAAUUGGAGCCGGAACUACGGGGGCGGUUGGGUAGAUUGUCAGCGGGUUUAAUUGAGACUUUACGAGUGGAACAAUAG